ACAGACAAAGCAGCAGCCAUCAGAUCAGACCUCCUCCUGCCGGCCGUCGGAGGGGAUUCCUCGUUUCCUGACUGAAUACGGGAAUCUUGAAGUGACCAUGGCGCCAGGCCUGCCCGGUGUUGUUGUGCUGGCCCUGUGUGUGAUCCUGUCCCCCGGUGUUUACGGGGAUCACUGUGACAGUUUGUGGCCACUUUCUAAAGAAGACCAAGAAGAAUGCAACUACAAAAAUUUCGCUCACGGAAACUCACCGUUUCCCAUGGUCAUUGGUUUUGUGAUCUCCGUCGUCAUUAUGCUGAUCUUCAUCUGCUGCUGUGUCUGUCCCUGCUGCUGCCUGUACAAAAUAUGCCGCAAGCCACGACCUGUGAUAGCUACCACCACCCACACCACAGUGGUCACUGGCACUCCUCACCCGUACCCCCAGCAGCAGGCUGCGGUGCCCGGGCCCUCUCACUCCUACCAGGCGGUCCAAUAUCCGCCCUACCAGCCCGUACCGGUGCAGCCUGGCUACGGAGCUCAGCCCAUGCCCACAUCGCCUUACCAAGGACAGCCGUACACACCAGGACCACCACCAACGUAUCAGGAAGCCACCGGUCCUGCCUACCCUCCUCACCCGAUGCCUUACAGCCAUGCGGCGUACAGUCCCGGCCAGCCAGCGUACCCUCUACAGCCUCCUGUCCAGCCACAGCCCAACGCUCCACCCGCACAACCAGACUACCUAGCCCAGCCCGCGUACAACCCGGAAUAUGUCGCACAACCACCCAAUACCGGAUAGUGGACCUCAGCACUGUGCUCUCAGCCACAAACGUGCCGUGACAUCUUUCGAACUUGGCAGACCUGGAAAUCUAAAUGAAGAUGAGAAAAUCCAGAGCAUCUCCAUUUGUUUGUUUUGGUGGUUAAUAUGGGAUUGUUGGUACAGUGAUGGUGCGUCUGUUCUGUUGAGCAGUUGCCAAGUGAAAAUGUUGAUACCUUUCGGCUUGUAUUGCAUGGACUUCCAGUACACACAAAUGUAGUAAGGCUGUCUUUUUUUUUUUUAAACAGUUACUUAGUGGCUCCAUCUUAGCCAUCUUGGCAAAUUAAACAUAAAACCACUGAGUUUGAUUUUGAAGAGCAGAUAAAGUCCGCUGUCAUUUCACAGCCUUGUGCCUCAACAUCUCCCUCCUGCCUUUGCUCUCCACUGGCCAAACCUACCUGACCUCUUAAUCGGCCUACAGCGACUGCAGUCAAAUUCAGUGGUCAAACUUUGGAGAGGGUGUUCUGAUGUCUGUGGCCAUCAUCGUGUUGCUAUAUGACAGUUUAUGGCAGACUGGUAAAGUGCUUUGAACCUUUUUCUUCCAUGUGCUUAUGCUCUUUCUCUCUGGUGCUGCAAAAAAGCAUGUACCGCUUUGUAAGUCCUUUAAAUGUUACUUGGGAACAAAUCAAGUCCAAAGUGUGCACCAUGUGGAGGAUGUAUGCUGGAAAGUUUUUUUUUCAUUGUCAGUUGAAUGCUCAGGAAGUCAGAAUUACUUUUCACUAUGCUAACGUAUGGUUACUCAUGACUUCUCUCCUCCCGUGACGUUGAAAUUGUUCCCCCUCUGCUAUUAUAGAAUAUUUUCCAGUGUCUUAAAAGCACCUCAAGGAGAGAGGAGGUUUUUGGAGGAGCUAAGACUGAAGGAGGAGAAGCGAGGAGACACAUUAGCAUAAUGAAAAGCACCCAGGGUCUUCAUUUAACCAGCAAAAGGGAAAAAUCAUGACAAUUCAACACAAUAUGUUUUGCGCACAGGGAAGGUUUACUUACGUUUUUUUUUGUGUUCAUGUACAUGUAAUACUUUGCAUUAAGUUUUUUUUCCCCUCUUUGCUUGGGUGGUUUAUUUGCCCAUUUUACAUCUGUACCAACUGAGCUGAAACACAUCCGCAGCUUUAGAGUAAUUAACCAAAGGAGAUAAUUUUCUUUUCAGUUAGCCAAACAUUCAGUCAGGACAGCAAAUAGAAAAAGUCAAAUACUUAAUAAAUGCAAGAAACAAGUGUGCCUUUUUAGCCAAGUUACUUUUUAUCAAGCAAAGGUGUACAUGUCACUCAGAACACUUCUUUUCUAUUUAUUCUUGAGUGAUCUGUUUCACAAAGCCAUCCUCAUACCUUUGCUGUUAUUUUAGCUUCUUUUUUGUGCUGUUUUCUAAAUGCAGCCAUUAAACAAUGUAGCCUUUAAGCUUUUGCUUCCUUUUGUUGCAACACAAACUGAAUGUUGUGAAACUUUACAGCUCAUUUUCUUACCUUCAGCAUUGUUAAAUUAUACUUUUUUCCUGCCUUGUGUCACUUCCUAAAAACCCAUCACUUCUGCUUUCUGCUGCAAUUACUUGAAAAUAGUUUAACAAAAGUGACCUUUUACUUGUGACCCAGCUGAAGUACAUUCACAAGUCGUGUGACAAGCCUGACGUUGAUCCAUUAAGCCACCACGUUGCAACUUUUCAUCUUCCUUUAUUUAGGCCUGGUUGUGGUCAAAGAACACAGUAGCAACCAUAUUCCAUCUCAAUGUUUUUACGUUCAUGCUGUGACAUAUUUUACCUUUUGAUGUUCGAGACACCACAUGCCAGCUAAUGGACAGAGGCUUAAUGUCACCUUUGUUUCAAGUUUUUUACAUAGACUGACUAACCAAUUUGUUUAUGUAGUCAAAUAUGUUCUUGUAGGCUCGCCUUCUGACUGAAAACUGUCUUCAAUGAUGUCUUGUGCCUGUGGUUUCAGUCCCUUGGCCAGUGUUGAUUCUUCAACGUGACCUUAGUUGGAGUGUUUUUCUUUAUGUGAGUGUGUGAAAUACAGUCAUAUACAGGAUGUUCUUUGGAAAAAGACAUUUGGGCAGAGAUUUGUUCUUGCAUCCUUUCUGUUUCUAAUUCAGCAACAACUGUCAUUGAUGCUUCUUUGAGAAUAUAUAUAUAAAUGCUUAUAUAUAUAAUAGGGAUGUCACGAUAUGUCGGUAUAAAAGAUCACUGUGUUUAAAAAAGUAAAUGAUAAUAUAAUGGUAAUGAUACAGCUUGACCGACUAUCUGGCUGACACUCCAACCUUGGAACAAUAUGCCAUACAGUUGCGGUUGCAGACUGUCUCACCUCCUUACACUCUUAUUUAGAGUACAAAUCAUUUGCAAAAAAUGAGACAGAAAAUAAAAAAGGUCAACAAGUUCAUUUGAUUGAUGACAUUAGUCUUGUUGAGAUUACUGAUAGAUGUUGUGAUGUUGUCGUAAUCGGGACUUCUUUUGGUUUGGGAUUAUCAUGUUGUGAUAAUCAUGGCAUCGUGACAGCCCUAAUAUACAACUUUCAUUUUGUGAAAAAAAAAGUUCAAUAAAGUAUAUAUUUUCAGUUUUCCACAA